AUGGCUCGGGAUGGUAAACCGAAAGGACGGACCAAUGCUUAUGCCUUUUUUGUACAAACAUGCCGUGAGGAGCAAAAAUCUAAAUGUCCAAAUGAUAAGUUAGUGUUUAGGGAGUUUUCAAAGAUGUGUGCCGAGAAAUGGAAAACAAUGGAUUCCCAGGCAAAGACGCUUUUUCGAGAAAUGGCAGAAAAGGAUGGCUUGAGAUACAAAAAUGAAAUGGCCACCUAUGAUGGGCCUAAAAGUGCCAGAAAAAGAAAGAAGGAAAAGGAUCCGAAAGCACCCAAAAGAGCGUUAUCCGCGUUCUUCUUCUUUUCAAUGGAUGAAAGACCCAAAAUAAAGCAAGCGCAUCCAAGUCUUUCAGUUUGUAAUAUAGCCAAAAAAUUGGGUCAUCGAUGGAGCAGAUGUCCCCCAGAUUUGAAACUUAAAUAUGAAAAGAAGGCAAUGAAGGAUAAAGAAAGAUAUGCUAAGGAAAUUCUUCCGUAUAGAACUAACAAGGAAACUAACGUCAAAAAACGACGAAUCAAUAAGAAUCAGUAA